AUGGGGGAAGUGUGUGGUAAAGUGUUUGGAAAUUGGAGUUGGAUAUCGAAUGGGAGCUUGUGUGAUCAAGGAACUCGUAUUAUUAUUGCUUGGGAUCCGACAGUGUUGUCAGUUCUUAUGAUUGAGCAGCACCAACAAUAUGUCCAYUGUGAGAUUAGRMUUUUUGGGCAACUUGAUCCUAUUUUUAUUACCUUUGUUUAUGGGUGUAAUACGGGUGUGGAUAGGCRUGAGCUUUGGCGGGCGUUUGGGGGUUCCUCUAGGCGAAAUUCUGACAUGGAAGAGUUUCAUCUCUGUCUGGAAGAGGCGRAAUUGUUUGACAUUUCGUAUCAAGGAUGCCAAUUUACUUGGAUACAGAAACCUUCGGGGGGUGAUGGUGUUAUGCKUAAACUGGAUCGUAUCUUGGGAAAUUCUGUGUUUAUCACUAGAUUUGGGGAUGCUUCAGUCUACUUUGAUCCGAGGGGGAUUUCUGAUCACUCUCCGGGUAUUCUCUCUUUUAAAGUUGGUAGACGUCUUCGCCAGCGGGGUUUUAAGUUUGAUAAUUUUGUGACAUCUCAUAACGAAUUCCUUGCUUUUGUGGAGGAGCUAAAGACGGAGCUUGAUGUCGCCCAAUUGGCUUGUGAUCUUGACCCUUUUAACGAUUUGCUAAAGGAGGAUAUUGCUCACCUCUUGCUAGCGUAUCAAAAAGCUAGAAAUGAUCAAGUGGAAAUGGCUCGUCAAAAAGCGAAGAUAUCUUGGCUCAAURAAGGGGAUGGUAACUCUAAAUUCUUUUUUCAUGCUAUGAAAGAGAAGCGCAAUCGGAGCCAUAUUGCUACUAUCAGGGAUUCUUCUGGUACAAUUUAUGAUCAUCAGGAGGUAGCCACAGCGUUCCUUUCCCAUUUCCAAGGUAUUUUAGGUACCUCUAAUGUCUUGGUCCCUCCCUCUAUGGGGGAUUGUGUGUUUGAUCAUUCUUUAUCUUUAUCGGAUUCUCUUCACUUAAUCCGUCCUAUUUCGGAUAUGGAGAUCAAGGAUGCUUUGUUUGCCAUUGGGAAUGAUAAGGCCCCAGGWCCUGAUGGGUAUUCUUCUAAAUUCUUUAAAGCAGCUUGGAAUGUGGUUGGUAGGGAUGUUCUCACUGGGAUUCACAAUUUUUUCUAUUCUGGAACAUUGGAGUAUCAGCUGAACCAUACUCUUCUGUGUCUUGUGCCAAAGGUUCCUAAUGCUUCUUAUGUUACUGAUUAUCGGCCAAUUGCGUGUUGCAAUGUGUUGUUGAAGUGUAUUAGUAAGGUUAUUGCUGAUAGGAUGAAAGGUUCGCUGGAUAUUCUUGUUAGCAAGGCUCAAUCUGCUUUCAUCCCUGGGCGCCAAAUUACUGAUAAUAUCUUAAUGGCGCAUGAACUGUUCUUUUCAUUCCUGCUGCUAGUUUGUAGUCUGUUCCGUGGGCUGUUUGCGUUUUUUGCUGCUGUUAUAUUUUAUGUCCGGUCUCCUGUAUUGUGGCCUACUACCGCUGUUUGGGUGUUGCGGCUGCUGUCUAUCGAGUUGGACAGAUUUUCUUUGUUGCUGGAAUGUGUGAUUUAUGUGGUUUAUUGCUAUCCGGAUAGUUCUACAAUUUUGGUGACUGUUUUGACUGCUUGGAUUCUGGCUCAAAAUUUUGCUGCUGGUUCCUCGUUUGUGCUGUUGAUUUUCUCGACUGUCUGCUGGUUGUUUACUGUGCUGUUUCGUGAUUAG